CGCACAAACCUCCUCGGCAGAGAAAGGCCGCUGUGCCUGUCCGGGGCAGAGCCGGAGGCGCGGCAGGGGGAGGGGCAGAGCAGAGAGACCGAGGAGGCGGGAAGGCGGUAGGGGCUGGCCACAGAGAAGGAGCAGGCAGGGCGAGAGGCUGCUGCGGCUGGGCUCGGCAUGGUGCUGCUGGUGGUGAUGGGAGUGAGCGGCUCGGGGAAAAUUUUCAAGGAUGGACUUCCUCACACAAGAUUUCACACUACUCUAACCCUUGUUAGCUUGAAAAGAGCUUGGAGAAGACUUCUUUCAGAACUGAGCAGGAUUUGUCUUGACUGGGAUAAAAGAUCCACUGUUGGGUCACAUCUGGCAGCUAAGCUGGGAUGGAAAUUCUAUGAUGCUGAUGACUAUCAUCCUACAGAGAACACAAAGAAAAUGGCACAAGGAAUACCACUAAAUGACCAGGACAGGAUUCCAUGGCUUUGCAAAUUACAUGACAUAUUAAUGAGAGAAGAGUCAGCUGGACAAAGUGUGAUUCUGGCCUGUUCGGCUCUGAAGAAAAUGUACAGACGCAUAUUAGUAAGUGGACGGGAUGUUGUGUAUUCUAAGGGUGAUCAGCUAGAGGAACAAGGAGACUCUGCCACAGGGAAGGUCCUUUUUAUCCAUUUGGAUGGAUCUAUGGAACUCAUCGCCAGCCGCCUGGAGAAGAGGAGAGGACACUUUAUGGCACCCGAACUACUACAGUCUCAGUUUGAUACACUAGAGCCUCUGUCAGCACCAGAAAACUUUAUCACUGUGAGUCUGGAAAAGUCUGUUUCUGAAAUAGUGUCUGAAAUUGAGAAAUCUCUUCACUUAAAGAAAUGCUUUUCCAGACCAGUCUCUGAAUUAGAUGCAUAUUAAUACUUUUAACCAUGUCAUAUUUGUGGAACAGCAUUUUGCUUGCUUUCUCAAGUUAACCAGCACGGUUUGCAGUAUUAACUUCAUUGGCUUGACAUACUUUAAAGGGACUGGAACGCUACUAUUACUGAUGUUUUCAUUAAGACCUGUUCAAAUCUGGAGAUACAAUUUUCAGAAGUGAAUGGUCUUUGCCUAACUCUUUGUUCAUUUAAAUCACAGGCGAAACUCCCAUUGACUUUGAUAGAAACAGGAGCAGCUCAACACCGAGUGCUUCUGACAAACCCACCCUAGGGAUUUAGACAGAACAUGAAAAUCUCAACAAAUUUAGCUUUCAUUUUUUUCCUGCCAAAACACAGAAAUUGGCCACAGUCAUCACUACUGAUAUUUAAGUGUUGAAUAGACACUUGAAAGGUGAACAUCCUUUUAAAAGGAGGCAGAGUUCUCUAAUAGUGCAGAGGGGCAGGAGCUGGGACAGCAGAGUUCAGGUCCUGACUCCACCAUUAGCUCCAUGCCUGAUCUGGAACAAGUCACAACCUCUCUGGCUGUGUCCUCAUCUGUGAAAAUAAUUGCCGGCCUCACAGGGGUAUUGUGCGACUUCAUUGAUUCUGACUUAAACACUAUGAACUACUGUGGGAAAGAAAGGGCUAUGUAACUGCAAAGUAUUAUUCUACCUAAAUCUUUAACAAUAAACUAAGUAGCACUGUAUUGACUGUGAUUUAGUCUUUCAUAUGCCAAAUAUACACACAAUGAAACAGGAGAGAGAAUGACUCAGCCAGUGAGGUAAGAUUUAUGUACCACUGGGUUCAUCAGUUCAGAACUGAUGGAUGUUCCCUCCCUUCAGCUUGACUGGCAGGCAGCUGUUCAACAUGACUUUUUCUGGCACCCUCCACCUGCUACCGUAAUAGCCUCACUCUAGCCUCUAAUGCUCAAGCUGUAUCACAAAGCCUGACUUUCGCUGUAAUAAAAAUUCAGAGCUGGUGUGAGGAAGAGCCAUGGCGAAACUCCCCUAAAAAGGGAGAAUCCCACUUCAAGUAGAUGGCUUGCACAUUGCUCCCCACAGACAGUCUUUGGAUUUCAUAGAUACACACAAGCAAUUAAUCAUAUUAUUUUCAGUGUCCCUCUGCAACAGAGCCAGUGAAUUAAGGUUCUUUGUUAGUCAUUUAAAAAUGUACACACCAAAGGCUGCGCUCCCUAUUAGAGUACUUAGAUUCAGAUGUAACUGUUCUUAAAAACUUGUUUACUUUCUCUUCAAUUUGUAAUGCUUUGUAGGUGUUAAAGUCCUUAUUAAAGUUAAGACUAUACAACUACGGCCUUGAGUAGUCUUAGUGGAGACAAUGGACUCCUCCUGUGUAAAGAUAUACUCAUACAUAUGUGUUUGCAGGAUAAAGGCCUAGGACAGCUACAUACAAUCAUUACUCUCAAUCCAGUAUAUUCAUGGCAAGUCUAUUAAACAAAACUAUUAAACAACAACAAAAACCUUCAUUAGAACAAUAAGAUAAAAAAAUUUACAUAUACUUGGAAAGUUUUGCAUAAAAAGUCACUUACAUAAUGCACAGAAUUUAAAGAAUAUGCAAGUGUGUUUAAUUUAUAUAUAUGUUUAAAAUACCCUUUAACCAUAGCUCAGUGAAUACUGGUCUGGACUUCCCAUACUACAUGAAACCAGCCUUCCACCCUGGUAUCUGCCUCUUUGUUUUAACCUUGUAAGUCAUCAUAGGAUACAUUUUCUAUGAGAGAUGCUCUUCAAGAGAAGUAAUAUUGUGAAGAACCUUUCUGAUAUAUUGCUGUGUAUAUAUUACCCCCAUUAGUACUCUCAUCCCAACUUAGGACCUUGAUUAACGCGACUAGCUCACUCCUUUUCAGGCAAGGAUGGUGGUGUUCAAAGACAUCUUUGGGGAAAUUAAUCCAAUCAUUAGCUGGGUUACCAGUUAAAAAUGUGUUUAUAGCUUUUUCUAAUAGAAGUUAGAUUUGCUCUUGCGGUACACCAAAGAAAUACCAACACUGCCUCCUUGGCACAAUGCUAUGAAUGAGCUUAGGGGACAGCAGUGAGAGAGAACUCCUCUUUACCAGACAAAUCAAAAACUGAUAAUUAUCUGGUGGGUAUUUUCCCUAUAAGUGACACAGCCAAAAAUCAGACUGCAACAGACUGAUCCAUUUCUUUCUGUACUACUGUCUUGUAUAAAAUGCCCUUAAACCUAUUUAAUCCAACAUCUGUAUUCAAACUGUUUGCUUCAGUGUGAGUGUGUCCUGGACUAAUAGCCAAUUCAUUUCAGAUUACUUUUUGCACAUCCUUCUUGUUUGUUAUAAGAGAAACAAAUUAGAAGUGGGCCCCAAUUAUAAGAUUAUGGUUCAGUGCAUCACAUUGAAAUGGCCAAAUGCAACAUUCCCAACACAUACUCAGGUAUUGUUGAGACCUAGAGUCUGGUUCAUGCCAACAUUAAAUUCAGGUAAAUGGCACCCUCUUGUGGUGAUUCCACUAGGUCAGAUCUACAUUUAAUAAAGUCACAGUUCUCCCAAUACAUGUACCCAGUGCAGUUCUACAGGCAGAAGGCUUACUCUACCCUACUACUGCACAGUGUUGAAGUUGUGCUUGGGUUUUAUCAAGUGUGGGCCAAAAAAACAAAAC